AUGUUCGUGAAGAAUGGUAUUCAAAGGAACCUCCGCGAAAUGAUCGCAAGUCGAACUAAUUAUGUAUUAUCUAACUCAGAUGAGUUUCUUGAAUACGCUUCUCUGACUUCCGGCAAACUUGUUCACAUUGGUGGCAUAGCAUUGCCACAGGCAACCGAUUUGGAUGAGAAAUUUCGUUCAAUAAUGGAGCGUAGCGACAGCAAAGGUGUGGUCCUAAUAUCCUUCGGCUCAAACGCACCCACUAUUCAGAUGCCAAGAAAUAUUCGACUGGCAAUUCUGAGUGCUGCCUCUGAAUUCCAAGACUAUACGUUCAUUUGGAAAAUCGAUGAGAGUGAUACAGCGCCGGAAAUGACAAAUCUUUUCACUACAAGUUGGAUCCCGCAAUCUGCGCUUCUCGGUAAAAUGUUUUACGUUUUGAAACGAAACGUCCAUUAA